AAAAUCUAGUCUAGAAAAUAGACUCUAGAUUCUAGAUCUAUUUUCUUUUUAGUGCGUUUAUUUUUAGACUUUCUUUAUUUAGCCCAAGUUACGGCAUAUAUAAGUAGUUUGAGUGCAGUGAUGGGCCAUCUGAGCUUACAACUACAAGCAUAACACAAGAUGAGACCAGAUUUUAGAUUGAUUUAUUAACAUAUUGCGAGAAACCUAUUUUUUUUUAACAUCACUACAGACAGAAACAUAAUACACAUAGAAUGUCAUCUUCUAAGCCAGUUAAUGCAGAAAAUGCUCAUACAUACAAACUAGUUGUUGUGGGAGAUGGUGGUGUUGGAAAAUCUGCCCUAACUAUUCAAUUUUUUCAAAAAUUAUUUGUGCAAGAUUAUGAUCCAACCAUAGAAGACUCUUAUAUUCAAUAUACUGAAAUUGAUGGUCAAUGGUGUAUCUUGGAUGUUUUGGACACAGCUGGUCAGGAAGAGUUCAGUGCAAUGAGAGAACAAUACAUGAGGAAAGGCGAUGGUUUUUUACUAGUGUAUUCAGUCACUGACAGACAGAGUUUUGAGAACAUAAGUAAUUUUCACACACAGAUUUUACGAGUAAAGGACAGAGAUACAUUUCCAAUGAUAAUAGCAGCAAAUAAAGUAGACCUCCUUCAUCAGAGACUUGUAACAGAAGAGCAAGGACUGCAUUUGGCUGCUAACCUUAGGGUAACUUACAUAGAGACAAGUGCAAAAGAUCCUCCACUAAAUGUAGAUCGUGCAUUCCAUGAAGUUGUUCGGGUAAUACGUCGACAACCAUCUCCUAAGAAGAAGAAGCCCUCCGGUGGAUGGCGCUGUAUGGUGCUGUAAUAGGUGAAUUAUUUUUCUAGCUAAGUCAUCAUUACUAAGGUACACUUUUGCAUUGAAAAUAAUGCAAUGCUAGAUAACAAUUUAUCAGCUUUUUUCAUAAAGAAAUUAGGCAAUGUAAAAUUGUUAAACCUUUCUAUGGUUUUUGCACUCAAAGCUAACAUGAAUAAAUGAACAAAUGGUUUGUGGCAUAAUUUUGCUAGCAUCGAACAACUGUCACACAAAGGUAUAUUAUGAGAUAACAAAAUGAAAUCACAGCUCACGUGUACUCAACCAAGAUUAUUUUUCAGUCAAAACUUGUGGAAAAAAGUUAUUGCAUAUUUUAAAAUUAUAUAUCCUUUAUUUUGUAUUUUUUUGACUGAAGGAUAUUUAUAGGUGUACUGCAGAUAUGUUAUUUACAUGUGAUCAUUUCAAAGGCUUAAAUUAGAUGGGGUGAUGUUGUUCUCUGAAGUUUCACAUUCAAUAGAUGCUGUCUGAUAAAGUAGUGGUCAGCCUAAAUUUUGUAAAGCAUAUGAGUUAGAUUUUGGUUGUAUACAAGUUUUAAUCUCACUUGUAACUGCACUUUGUAAUCAGCUCUCCCUCACUUUAACUUUAAGCUAUCUUGUAAGUACAACUGAAACAAUUUUUAUUUUAGAAGUGUUUUUUAGUUCAUGUUCUCACUAUAGUUUUUAAAAAAUUGUUUAAACAGUUGUAAAACUAUAAAAUUUAAAAUAUAUUUAUUGAGGAUAGAAAAUGUAAUUAGUUUUAGACAAGAAAAAUUAACAUCUGUUCACUUUGAAAGUGAACAUUUUUUAGUUGUGAGAGAAGGAAAUAUGUUAGUUUUGUUACAAAUUUAAACAUAAAUAUUUUUGAUCCUCAAAUUGUGAGUUAUUUUGAUAUUUCUUUAAUCUUGCACUUAGAGCAAUACCAAA